CCACUUUCUAUUCAAUUAUUGGGCAGAUUAGGCAGGGUCAAAUCAAGGGCGGAGAAGCAUCGACGAGAAGAAGAAGAAGAAACAGGGAGAAGGUCGGAGCGGGAACGACGCCGACGGCUCACCUCGAUCCCCCCGUCGGUCCUCGGAUCAAUCACUUCGGUCCUUUCUCAUAUCUCUUUUGAGAUCUAUCCUGCGCCAUGGGAUUGUGGGAAGCUUUCCUCAAUUGGCUCCGGAGCCUAUUUUUCAAGCAAGAGAUGGAGCUAUCCUUGAUUGGUCUUCAGAAUGCUGGGAAAACUUCGCUUGUAAAUGUGAUUGCGACUGGUGGAUACAGUGAAGACAUGAUUCCAACUGUAGGAUUCAAUAUGAGAAAGGUGACAAAGGGAAAUGUCACAAUAAAAUUAUGGGAUCUUGGAGGCCAGCCUAGGUUUCGCAGUAUGUGGGAGAGAUAUUGUCGUGCAGUCUCCGCCAUUGUGUAUGUUGUUGAUGCAGCGGACAGGGAUAAUUUGUCUAUUUCAAAAGGUGAACUUCAUGAUCUUUUAAGCAAGCCAUCACUGACUGGGAUCCCACUAUUGGUCCUCGGAAAUAAAAUUGAUAAACCAGAAGCUCUAACAAAGCAGAGUUUAACUGAUGCCAUGGGGCUCAAAUCUAUCACAGACAGGGAAGUUUGUUGCUACAUGAUCUCAUGCAAGAACUCAACCAAUAUUGACUCUGUCAUAGAGUGGCUCGUUAAACAUUCAAGAUCCAAAAACUGAGGAUUUAUCCCAGCCCCUCACAACUUUGAGUGCUGAAUUGUUUUCUUUGGUUUUAUUAGCUGUUUUGUGCUUUUCCACGAUGAUUUCCCCUUGUGGAAGGUUAGCUGCUAUCUAACGCUGCCUACUAUUUUCAUGCUGAUUUAUUUCAAGUGCAACUGGGUUUGUCUCAUUGCAAUCUUGUUGAAGUUUCUCCGACUUGGAUAAACUUCAGAUGUCAAGCCAAAUUUUAGUUUGUUCAUAAUGUACAUUUUCUGGUGAGAAUAAUCCCGUUGAAGCGCCAA